AUGCACGAACGAGCUCAAGAUGCCAUGUCAUAUGUACGUCAUUAUGGAAGUUCAGAUUUAUUUAUAACUUUCACGUGUAACCCAAAAUGGAAAGAGAUGCAGCGAGAAUUGUAUCCCGGACAGAAGCAUUAUCAACGUCAUGACAUCAUUGCGAGAGUUUUCCAUAUGAAAGUGAAGGAGUUUAUGGAUCUUAUAGUUAAAGGACAAGUUUUUGGUAAAGUUCGGUGUCACAUGUUAUCUGUAGAGUGGCAAAAACGAGGGUUGCCCCAUAUUCAUUGCCUGCUGUGGCUGGAAGAAGCCAUUACUGCUGAUAUGGUUGAUAAAGUUGUGUGUGCUGAAAUUCCAGAUGUUGAUCGUGAUCCCCUUCUCUCUGAUAUUGUUAAGGCUAAUAUGAUUCAUGGGCCAUGCGGAAGUGUAAAUACAUUUUCUCCCUGCAUGAAAGAUGGUUGCUGCACAAAACGAUAUCCUCGCCCUUUCGUCCAAGAAACGCAGAGGGGACAAGAUGGUUAUCCUUUGUAUCGUAGGAGAACUAUAGAGGACGGUGGUUUCACAGUUAAUCUUAAAGGAUUUCAGUUAGAUAACAGAUGGGUUGUACCAUACAAUCCCGUUUUGUUGCGUACUUUUGAAUCUCAUAUCAAUGUUGAGAUAACGAAUUCCGUAAAAUCCAUAAAGUAUGUUUGCAAAUACAUCACUAAAGGAAAUGAUCAAGCAGCCUUCAUUUUAAAGAAUGAUAAAGAUAUUGAUGAGAUAGAGAUAUACGAAUCUGGCAGAUAUAUCAGCAGUUCAGAAGCAGUGUGGAAAAUAUUGGGAUUUCCUAUUCAUGAGAGAUACCCUGCAGUAAUUCAUCUUGCUGUGCAUCUGGAAAAUGGCCAACGUGUUUACUUCACCGCACAUAAUAUUCAUAACAAAGUUGUAAAACCUCCAGAGACAACACUUUCGGCAUUCUUCAACCUUUGCAAAAUUGAUGAGUUUGCCAGAACACUUCUGUAUGUUGAAGUUCCUUCGUAUUAUGUGUGGCAACAGAGUAAAAAGUUUACAAGACGUAGGCGUGGAGAGAAUAUUGAUCAAUGGCCAGGGAUAAAGAAAGAUUCUGCUUUAGGACGCUUUUACACAAUUCAUCCUAACAAUGUUGAGUGUUACCACCUACGCCUCCUCCUCCAUCAUGUUAGAGGUCCAACAUCUUUUUCUUAUUUAAAAACUGUAAGCAAUGUUGAAUACCCUACAUUCAAAGCUGCAUGCAUGGCAAUGGGAUUGCUCGAGGAUGAUAAACAGUGGCAAUACACUAUUGAGGAAGCUAUUUUAAGCAGCUCAUCACUCAAACUGCGAGAACUUUUUUCAGUGAUCUUGGUAUUUUGUCAUCCCUCUGAUCCACGAAGCCUUUGGGAAAAGUACAAGGACAGCUUUUCAGAAGACAUCCAGUUUCAGCAUGAAAGACAACUGCAAGACUCCGCUCUUUCAACUAAGGACAAAGCGUACAACCAAUGCUUGAUUCUGAUUGAAGACACUGUUCAGACUCUGGGAGGUCAGUGCUUAAUGGAUUAUGGUUUACCUCAGCCUGAGCGAUUUGAGACUAAUUUGCAAAACAGAGAGUACAUGCGAGAAACAAAUUUUGAUCUUGAAGAUUUGAAGAAAAAAGUACAUAAUGCUGAAGCCUCUCUAACAGGCGAACAGUCCAGCGUAUAUCAAAAGGUUCUCAACAGCCUCGAGUCUGGUACAGGCCAUAUAUUUUUCUUAGAUUCACCUGGUGGAACUGGAAAAACAUUUCUCUUAAAUUUACUUCUUUCAAAGGUCAGAAAUAAUAAAGGCAUUGCCUUGGCAACUGCAUCAUCUGGAAUAGCUGCAACGUUAUUGGAGGGUGGAAAGACAGCUCAUUCUGCUUUUAGAUUACCCCUUAACCUCAAUUACUCAGAGAAUCCAACCUGCAAUAUUAAAAAACAGAGUAAUUUGGCUAAGGUUUUACGUGAUUGUAAACUUAUUAUCUGGGAUGAGAGUACUAUGGCUCAUAAAGCAGGAUUCGAGGCUCUUAAUGCAACUCUCAAAGAUCUAAGAAAUUCUGAGGAAGUAAUGGGUGGAGUAACUGUUCUACUAGCAGGAGAUUUUCGGCAAACAUUACCGGUUGUACCUAAAGAGGAACACGUGCAAAUGAAGUUAACGCAUGCAUCAAAUCGUCGUAUCUGUGGCCUAAAGUGCAGAAACUUCGUCUGA